AUGCCUUCAACACACACAGAUUUACGGCGCUAUUUAGGGUUAACGGGAUACUUCCGAAAGUUUAUACCAGGCUACACAAUUAUAUCAGAACCGUUACGACAAUUACUUAAGAAAAACGCUGUCUUUAAAUGGACAGACCAACAAACGAACGCUUUUGUGAACCUAAAUGAAGCACUAUCAACCGGACCAGUAUUAACGGGUUACCGAAUGAAAGCUGAGCAUCAAGUGCAUCGGACUCGCAGAAAUUGGAAGCCGGUGGCGCACUUUAGUCGAUCUACCACACCGCUGGAAAGGAAAUAUCACAGUUACGAAUUAGAAACGCUAGCAAUUGUCGAAUCCGUCGAUCGCUUUAAAUAA